AUGAAGCAGAAUCGCAUUCACUUUGACACUAAUGAUGGUACAUCACCUCCCUCACCUACUACUGGGGGCGAAUUCACGCCGGAAGACCAGCGACAAGGACAUAUCCCGAAGAUAUCCCGAAGGAUACGCGCGUGCACGGAAUGCAAGAAACACAAAGUGAGAUGUGACAUGAAAACUGGAGAGUCCAUUUGCUCGAGAUGUCGGCGGAUGAACCUCGAAUGCGUCGUAAACAAGAGUCUUCAGACAUUGCUGGAAGAUGAGGCCGAUUGGAAAAGCAUGGUCGAGCUUGCAAUGACCGACUUGCUGAGAAAGGCACAACUCCCGGAACUCUCAUACUAUCAGACAGCGAGCGGAACAAUCGAGACUCCAUCGAGGAAACGAGGACGCCAGAAUUCAACAGUGUCUCUGGAAGAAGCUGGCUACAUCAACGGAAACCGCAGUAAGAAAAAUUCAUUGGACCUGACGGCUAGAAGAUCCGUAGGAUCAGUCUCAUCCUACCACGCCCCGGCCCAACGACAAUCCCAGUACAAAAUCGACCAUGAGGAGACGGACGAGACAUCGCUCGUGACAGCCCCCAUGGGAAGCCUGUACGAGGUGACGCAACUGAGCGAGAAUAAAGAGAAUCUGGAGAGCGAGGAGUACGCGCCGGAUCAGGCAUUGGUUACCGACUUCAUCUCCCGAGGGGUAGUAGGCAUCAACGAGGCAGAAGAACUUUUCCAUCACUUUGACCAAGUGCUGAAUCGAUACUUGUGGGAUGGGGCUUGCUUGGCACACAAGGAUUUGACAUCGACUCGAAGGUCAUCGUCGAUGCUUUCUGCUGCGAUUCUCGCCGUCACAGCUCUGCAUUUGCCAACCAAGGAGCGAACAUUUGACACGUGCUACACGGAAUUUGCGAAAUUAGCAUCCGAGUCGAUGCUUGAGAACCACCACAACUUGGAUGACAUUCGUGCCUUGUGUAUCGGAGCUUUUUGGCUUGCAGACGUGAGCUGGAAGCUCUCUGGAUACGCGGUCCGCAUUGCAACCGAGCGAAACAUACACCAAUUCUUCCGAAAGGCCAUACAAGGCUCUUCUGAGCAUCAAGAGCACGCGAGAUUGUGGUAUUUGCUAUAUACAUUGGAGCAUCACUUCUCAAUAGCGUACGGCCGGCCUCCAAUCAUUCACGAAGAUCCCGCCAUAACUCAACAUAAUGCUUUCACAAAAUCGCCCACAAUAUCCCAGUGUGACUUGAGGCUUCAUAGCCAGGUCGAUUUGUUCAUCGUACUUACUCGCAUAUAUUUUGCUUUCGGCCCCGACGUGGAACUCGAGGUUCCGGAGACCGAGUUUUCGAAGAUUGAUGACUUUGAUCAGGAAUUGGUGGACUGGAAGUCAGCAUGGCUUCCACGUCUUGCUGGGAGUCGUCAUGUCGGUGCAUACCCAUAUAAAGCGGUAUACAUGCACUAUCAUUUUUCUCGUCUGCAGCUCAACUCGGUUGCCCUCCGUACGUACCACUCAUGCACCUCCUCUAAGACAAUGUCGUCAGAGCGAAGGAAGCUUGCCAACGUAGCCAUUGAAUCAGCUAUUGCUACUCUGCAAGUGGUACUGGACGAGCGAGAUAUCCAGCGUGCCUUGGUCGGGGUCCCGCUUUACCUUCACAGCAUGAUAACUUUUGCCGCUGUGUUUCUCAUGAAGAUUGCGGUCAAGUCCUGCUCUACUGAGCCCACCCAACUCAGCCGCGGCCAGAUCACGUCUAUCUCUUCAGCCGACCUUGCCAUCGACAUCCCCUACGUACGGCUCAUAGUUGGCCGUAUCGUCGAGGUCAUGGUAACUUGUAGCCAGCGCGCGAGCGAGCGUCAUCUGAGUCACCAUAUCGCUCGCGGGUUACGAAAGAUGCUGACCGGUCUUGAAGAAUGGGAGAAGAGAAAAGGCUGCCCCCAAUCUUAUGGGCCGAUGCCUCCUUCUGAGCGGUCUUCGAUCUUCAAGCCAGUCGUUAUCCCUGGUGCACAGGUAGUAGGUGAGCGGGACACUAUUGUGAAUCAUCCGCCUCCUCUGUUAGGGGUGGCUCCUCUGUCUGCCGAACGCAGCAAUGGGUUCAACGCGAACAUACUUCCGUCCAAGCGUGAUCCUGGCCUUUCAGAAGGCUCCGUGGAUCCUAUGAUGGCGGAUUUAUGGGGAUUUGAUGAAGAGUACUUUCCUACGGGCGUAUUCGAUUUUUUGCAAAGCCAGAUGCCCGCUUGA